AUGGCCAACAUUCACGAAGAAGGAAACCCUCUUGGUGGAGGGAACGCUAACGCCCCAACAGAACAAGGAGGAGGAACUCCUGGAGGAAACGCUGGAACCAUAGCCGGCCAAACCCCCGCAGCCUUUAAGGCCAUCAACAAAAGAAGCAAGGACCGCUUCAGUCAGAUGGCGGCACAAAUCGCCGAGCUCAGUCAAGCGCGAACUCCUUUUCGAGUUCGGAACAUCAUUGACGAUCUUAAUACCGACGGAGAUCCAGCCGGGACUAUGAGGUCUACUGCAGUCGGAUCAGCGAAUGCACCAGCAUCGGAUUUAAGCCGAGACGCCGAGUUCGAAGCAAUGAAGGCGCAGCUUCGCGAUAUCACUUCGAAGAUACAUCAAGCAACAAGCGCGGCUCCGGAAAUCGAGCGCGUUAUUCAGGAAACGCAGAAAACACCCUUCACACCGCGCAUAGCAGGGACGCCGGUCAAGCACAUGGAGAAACUGAAGAUAAAAGUCUACGAGGGUAAUUCCGACCCUCGACACUUCUUGACAUCGUUCGGCAUCUGCAUGAACCGAUACCAGUUCAAAUCAGCCGAAGAGAGAGACGCAGUUCAGUGCCAACUAUUUGUGGAAAGCUUGGGAGGAGUAGCUCUCGACUGGUUCUCGCGACUCGAAGCCAAUUCAAUCGAUAACUACAAGGGGUUAACGACGGCUUUUGUCAAACACUUUUCCAUGUUCAUUGGACAAAACACCAAGAACUCCGAGCUCUGGCAAAUAGCCCAAGGACCAAGCGAGAGCCUUCGUGAUUUCAUCCAGCGCUUCAAGACGAUCGUCGCCAAUUGUACGAUUAGCGACGAAGCCGCUCUCUUAUGUCUUCAGAAAGGAGCUCGGAUAAAAACUAGCUUUCGGAGCGCGAUCACGCAUAACCCUCCACAGACAUUAGAAGACGCGUUGCAUCGAGCUAAUACUUACAUCGCUGAAGAAGAAGAAGAAGCCGCGUACGAGCAGAGCUAUUCAACGAAGCAACCCGAACGCCCGAAAACCGCGACUAAUGAGCCACAGUCGGGAUACGGUCGAGGAUACGAGAAUCGCAAGAAGUUCUACGCUAACGCAAUCCAACAACCGAACAAGCAGUGGAACAACAAAUGGGUUCGCGGUGAAGAAGAUCAAGACGAGUUACUAUUCUGCGAAUUCCAUAACCGUAGGGGCCACAGCACCGAAGAAUGCAGGCAUCUGCGAGAAUAUAUACUCGGUCUAUAUCGCAAGGAGCCGAUCUCGGUCGACAACUUUUGA